CCCGGUUCGCAGCAACGUUCAUGGUGCGCGCCAGUGCCCGUCCAGUAAUGCCGCGGUGACGUGCUCCGGGAAGCCGUUCGUCCCUGUUUUUCAGCUCGUCAUGACACGCGGUGCAGGAGUUUAACAAGUGACAGCGUCUGCCCGGUGUGAGCGCAUCUCGGCGAUCAUGGAUCAGCUGAUUAUCCUGAUAUCGGCGGUGCAUUUGUUGUAUUGCCCGUUCACGAAAGUCGAGGAGAGCUUCAACUUGCAGGCGAUGCACGAUCUCCUCUACCACGGUUCUAAUCUGACGGAGUACGAUCAUCAUGAAUUUCCUGGUGUUGUAUCACGUUCUUUUUUGGGGCCUAUUAUAGUAUCCGGUAUUGCCUCGCCGAUAGUGGCAGGUAUCAAUUAUCUAAAGCUCAAUAAAUUUUUAGCUCAGUACGUGGUGAGAGCAACAUUGGGUUUACUGGUAAUAAUUACGCUCAAGCUGUACAGGCACGCUUUACAAAAUAUUUUUGGGCUACAAUUUACAAAAUGGUUUGUCGCCAUAACCGUGACACAGUACCACUUUAUGUACUAUCUCAGUCGUCCAUUGCCAAACAUAAUGGCUAUGCCUCUAGUGUUACUGGCCUUAUUUGGAUGGUUGAGACAAAAUCAUGUGAUAUUUAUCUGGUCAUCAGCUGCAGCGAUAAUAAUAUUCAGAACAGAACUCGCCAUACUCUUGGGACUAUUUCUUUUAUACGACAUAGCCAAUCAGAAACUUUCUAUGCUAAGACUAUUUAGAAUUGCGGUUCCAGCUGGUAUGUUGUUCUUAGCACUUACUGUUGCUACAGAUUCAAUAUUCUGGAGACGCUUAGUGUGGCCAGAAGGCGAAGUGUUUUAUUUCAACGCUAUUCUUAAUAAGAGCAGUGAAUGGGGUACAUCGCCAUUUUUAUGGUACUUUUAUUCGGCAUUACCGAGAGGUCUAGCACUUUCAUACUUUUUAAUUCCUCUCGGCAUAUUCUUGGAUGCUCGAGUUCGUGUGCUCACUGUUCCUGCUAUCACAUUCGUCAUAUUAUUUUCAUUUUUACCACAUAAAGAAUUGAGGUUUAUCAUAUAUGUAUUUCCGCUAUUAAAUGUGAGUGCAGCCGCUGCCUGCCACAGGAUAUGGGAAAACAGAGCAAAAACAACGUGGAAUGGUUUUUUAGCGCUAGUGGUCUUGGGUCAUCUCGUAUUAAAUACUGUAUUCUCCUUGUUUUUACUAUGCGUGGCUGGUUCUAAUUAUCCUGGAGGUCUGGCAAUUGCUCGACUACAUCGACUUGAGAGAGACUCGAUCGAACCAGUACACGUGCAUAUUGACGUGCUGACUGCGCAAACAGGAGUGUCAAGAUUCACGCAAACCAACAGUUCUUGGAUUUAUUCGAAACAAGAGAACCUGACUAUUGAUGAUCCUAAGAUGCUGCAGUUUACUCAUCUUCUGAUGGAGGCAAGAAGCAAAUAUUCUCCAAAUAUAAAACCUUAUCUCAAAACCUAUGAUAUUAUCGAUUCUGUCGAUGGGUUCUCGCAUAUAGCAUUAAAUUAUAACAUGUUACCUCCUAUUAAAAUUAAAACAAAACCUAGUAUAUUUAUUAUGAAGAGAAAAUCAAAUAUCAAGUACGAUCCUAGUAAGGCAAAAGCACGGGUUGCAAUGGAAGAUUUUCCAGAACAGAUAGAUAAUACAGAAAAUAUAGAGCUAAAACUGUCACAUGAAACAGCCAAGAUAAUGGAACCAAUGUUGGAGGACAUUCAAGAAUCAGAAGAAUUUGAAGGGCCAGAAGAAACUGGCGAACACGAGCGUUCAGACGUUGAGACUGAUCAAAUUAACGGGAUUACUGAAGAAGAAAUAAAAAAGAUCGAUAAUUUUGCAAACGUUGACAUGACGUUGUCUGUGGAAAAUACUACUGAAAUUAGUGACAUAGAUGAACCAUUGUCAAGUCUAAAAACUGAAGAAGAAGAAGAAUUUGAUUAUCAGGAAAAUUCCAAAGAUGUUACUGAUUUUAAUAAUGUCAAAUCUGACGAAACAUUUGGUGAAACUAAAAUUGAGAAGGGCAAAAUGAUUAAAGAAAGAUCGAAAAAUAGCUUGAAUCCGCAUCAAGAAAAUCAUGGCAUCAAAGGGAUGGUUAAAAAAAUUAUACAGGAGAAGAUGCUGGAAGUUAGACAAAAACGAGAAGUCAAUGAACGAGAAAUUAUGGAGCGUAUAAUAAAAUCAAUGAUGGAAAUGAGAACUGGAACAAUCGAUGAACCGGGAGUAAUGAAAAAGGGAUUAGAGGAAACGUCAGUUUAUACAGAUAAAUCAAAAGAGCCUACAAAGGAUGAGAGUAAGCAGAAAGUUAUCAGGACCAAGAACGUUACAUGGAAAGUGGAUAAAAUCAAAGUAAGGAAGCCUGUUGUUUUGGAACAAACUGCAAAGGAUAAAUAUACGACUAUGGAACAAAAAGAGGACGUUAUGGACAGGACGAUGAAAAAGAAUGCAAAGAUAGAAUCAAUACGUGAUAGAAUCAACACGGAUUCAUCGACAAAGCCGAUAAAUGUUAGGGAAAGCAUAAGAAAUAUAAUAAAUCAAUUUAAAGAAUUUGAAAAUGAUUUUAUACGCGAUGAUACUGAUUCAACACCAGUUGAUGACAUGAGCGAUGCAAAUCGUAUCCAAAAGGAGUCGCGAGAGAAAACAGACAACGCUAUGACGGAUCAUUUUGCGGAAGCUGAGGAUCAACUGGUAAUAAAAGAUGCUAAGAAAAGCCUUAAAGAAAUACUAGAUCAAUUUAGACAAAUUAAGCAUGAAUUAACUUCAGGAGAGGAUGAUCAAUUCGAUGAAAUCGCAGCUCAUUACUUGGAAUGGCCAAUCGCUGAGACUUUGCUGAAAUUUAGCGAAGCUUUAAAAUCUUUAAUGCAACGGAGAAAAAAGACCCCAUUGCAUGAACGUGAAAACAAUUUCUACGACGACGAGUCUCGUACGACGGUGUCGGAAAAUCAAGAAAAACUGAUGACGGAAGAAACUACGCAAACAGCAACGGAAUACGCGAAGACGGCGCAGACCGUUGAAAAUGACCACAAGAAUGAGAAAUCGAAAAUGACAGGAAUAAAGCCAAAAGAUACACAAGAGAGCGAUAUUGCAAAUGGACCCAUGCAUGAUUCUAAUGUAGUUUCUAACGCAAAUAAAUACGUCGAUACGCUAACAAGUACUGAAGACGUUUCAUUAAACGCUCAAAGAUACAAUCACGAUAUUUUGAAUAAUGUAAAUAAGGCUGACACUAUGAAGAAAGAAAGUUCACAGAAAAAUGGCGAGAAUAGUCAGACCGAUUAAAUGUUGCUUUAAGUAAUAUUUAAUUAUUAAAUGUUACUAGAGCGAAACAGAAAUUGUGCAAUUAUAUAACAUCAUGUAAAUACGUGUUUUUCCUGUGAUACUGAAGAGACAUUAUAUUUUUUAAUAUAUGCUCAUGCACUUACCAACACGGAAAGUCUAAAAGUUACUUUCUCGCAGCCUAUACGUGAGAUAUUUUCGCUAGCGCAAAAUAUUUCGACGGAAAUUAUUACGAUAAUUUCCCAUGUUACAUUUUUUAAUUUUAUAUGGAUCUCACUUUUUGGCUUUGGUCAAAAUGGUGUGCAUGUUAAAAAUAUAUAUAAACAUACAAGGUGCUGCUCAAACACAAAAAUGUUGCAUCCUAUUUCAUGCGUUUAACAUUUUAUUAUAUAUAUAUUGUACUAAAUUAGGUAUUCAAAAUUGGAAAUUUAAUUUAAGGUGAAUUAUAAAUUGCCAGUGUAAAAUUUAUUAUACAUCAUUAAUAGACAAAUAUUGAAUUUCCAUAUUAGUACCUGCAGAGCAAUCAAGUGCCUUAUGAAAUCUCUUCCAAAA